AUGGUAGACUCCAUAUUAUUCACUGUGAGGCCUACGCCUCCUACCACUUCCUUGGAUGGCGCAUUCCGCGUGCAUCUUACAGCAAAAGACCUCGAUAUUCUUGGACUCAAACUGGGCGACCUUUGCAUCUUGCAUUCAGGAGAUGGCUCAUCUGCAGUCGGCAUCGCUUGGAGAUCCAUGGAUACAAGCGUAAAACCUCAACUUCACCCCGUCAAGCUAUCUGAGGCCAUGCGCGACGCCUUUGGUUUUAAGCUUGGUAGCCAGAUCACCAUCGAAAAAAUCAAUGCAAAAAUUGUCCAUGCUGAUCGCGUUGUCGUUAUCGAUGUUUCCGAUAGUGAGAAAAUUGACCUUAGCAAGGACGACAAGAGCUGGAAAUGGCGCUGUGGCAUGGCUCUUGGUAAUGUCGAGGCAAUCACAACUGGAGUGGCUUUUGAGGCCUCAUCCCGUAAGGGCCUGAGAAAGCGCUUCCUCAUUGAGCACAUCGAAUCGAGCGAAGCGAGUAAGACUCCAGCCUUGUAUCUAUUCGAUGACAGAAGUCAGAUCGUUCUUCAGGAUGAGGAGUCUGCUGUCACGCCUGAGGCUGCCCUGCCUCGUUCGAUGGCUGUGACUCCAGAAGGCAUUGGUGGUUUGAACAAGCAAAUCGAAAUUCUCAACAAGCGCCUGUCACGUUUGAUCGGUGACAUCAGAGGAAAGAGGCUGCCACCUCAAGUCCAGCGCAACGGAGGUAUUCUGCUCUACGGUCCUGAAGGAACCGGAAAAACGUUGUUACUCAACCAUCUGUCUACUCAAGCUCCAUGGAAGAAGGUUGUCAGAAUUGAUCAGAGCUCCCUCGCCGGAACAUCUAGCAAGAACCAACAGUCUGUACGCAACCUCUUUGCCGAAGCAGUGGCCCAUCAGCCCAGUCUGGUCAUUAUGGACAACCUCGAAGCAAUCGCUGGUACGCAACAGCGCGAUUACACUGCAAACAAUCUCGCACCUGCUCUGGUCGCCGAACUCGACAGACUACGAAACACACAUGUCCUGGUCGUGGCUGCAGCACACACUCCCAACGACAUCGACAAAUCACUGCGUACACCUGGACGACUUCGCUACGAGAUCGAGAUACCAAUCCCCGAUAUGAGAGCAAGAAUUCAAAUUCUCAAGGUCAUGCAGGGAGAGACUGGUACUGCUGAGCUGGCCGAGACGAUUGGAGAGCGCACCCACGGUUUUGUCGGACAGGAUCUCGAAGCCCUUUUCAACAAUGCCCUCGAGCAUGCUCUCGACAGAUAUCAGGAAAAGCCUACGAACUGGCUUCCCAUUCAGCGCACCGGCGACGACGACGAAUCACAGCUUACUUUGGUCAACGGCAUGCAGAGCUGCAGUAUUGCCGACAGACCUCGGACCGCCGACACCGAUGAUACAGAUGAUGGCGAACUCGAAGUGACACUUGCAGAUUACGAGAAAGCGAUGUUGGAAGUCCGCCCGACAGCUAUGCGCGAGAUCUUCCUUGAGACUCCCAAGGUAUUGUGGUCGGACAUUGGAGGCUCGGGUGAUGUCAAGAAGACGCUCAAUGAGGUCGUUGAAUGGCCUCUCAAGUUCGAGCAACAUAUGGAGGCUUUGAGCCUGACUCCCCAGAAGGGUAUCUUGUUCUACGGACCUCCUGGAUGUUCCAAGACUUUGACCGCCAAAGCUGUCGCAACUGAGUCUGGUCUCAACUUCAUUGCUGUUAAGGGCGCCGAGUUGACUUCCAUGUACGUGGGCGAGUCUGAACGCUCAGUACGCGAAGUGUUCCGCAAGGCUCGUGCAGCUGCUCCUAGCAUCAUCUUCUUCGACGAAAUCGAUUCUAUUGGCUCAGAGCGUGACUCAUCAGGUACUAAGGGUCUGAAUGUCCUUACGACCCUGUUGAACGAGAUGGAUGGUAUUGAGAGUCUUAAGGGCGUACUCGUCCUAGCUGCUACCAACAAGCCCGAAGUGCUGGAUCCUGCUCUGCUACGUCCCGGUCGCUUUGACAGUCUCAUCUACAUCUCGCCCCCAUCGCAAUCCGCCCGCAAGGAGAUCCUGCGCAUCCGCACUAACAAAGUACCUCUGGCCGACGACGUGGAUAUCGACGACCUGUCUGUCCGUACAGAUGGGUUCUCUGGCGCUGAAAUUGUCGAAAUCUGCUUGAACGCUUGCCGUGCUGCCAUGCGUAGAAGAGUCACAAUCGUCACUUCUGACAGCCAAGCGAACGAUUCAGAUGCCGAGCAGAUGAAAGUGUCAAAGGACGACUUUGACACUGCUCUAUCAACAGCAGUACGCAGAAUUACUCCAGAGAUGACCGAAAGCUAUGAGCACUGGCGUGAUGGACUCACCAAGAAGUUGUAG